GUUUGGUUAUCUUCUUGGCUCAAUGCCCUUUAUACAAUGAUGUUCAGUUCUUCUGGGCAAAUUUCUCAAGACUCUGGUACUGUAUCAGAUGUGAUAAACAACCUUAAAAAAAAAAUUCCAGUUAUUCCUCUUUCAGAUGGUUCAUAUAGUUCAGUGGAUGAUGGUACAAUUUGGUUACACUCUGAUGGCUUAAACCCCAGAUUUGAUGACCAUGGUCCAGAAGCUUUCCCAGUGUUGUAUGCUAAACUUCGGACUGUAAGUCCUGCACUUUUAUGUGCUGCCGCGACUGUUGAUAAUUCAUGCUUAGGCGAGUCUGUAAUGGGCAAUCUUAUUAGGAUGCUUCAAAGAAUUGGCGUCCAACGGGUGUCUGCACCUGAAAUUGUAAAGGUGCACAUCUUUCCAGCUAUCUCUGAUGACAAGAUCACAAUAGGCAAUAAAACUUUGAUGAUAGAAUACCUUUCCUUUGUAAUGUCGCACUGCAAUCAAGUUGUCCCACCUGUCACAUUGAAAGGGGACAAAUAAUUUCAGAGUUGCGCAAUAAAACUUUCAUAUUAACAAAUCAUGGCUACAAACAACCUUCUGAGGUAUCAAUUCAUUUCAGUAAAGAAUUUGGAAAUCUUAUUGAUAUAGAUAAGUUGAUCAAUGGGUUGGAUUUGAAAUGGCAUGAGAUGGAUGUUGCCUAUUUGAAACAUCCAAUCACUGGAUCACUACCAGGUGGUAUGAUGAAGCUGGGCAGUCGAAGCCGGCAGUAGCAGCGGCGUCGGUGCUGGUCGGCGGAACUGAGCUCCGGUGUGUCUGGGUCUCCGAGAAGCUGCGUCGUCACACUAAAAUGAAGCACCGAUGGUGAAGCUGCAAGGAAGAGAAGCCAACGGGCAGCAGCGCCGGGCAGUCGAGGCCGGCAGUAGCAGUGGCGUCGGCGCAGGUCAGUCGAGGCCUGCAAUGGCAGUGAUGUUGCAGAGGAGUCGGCAUCGGUGUGUCGGUGACGUCGGUGGUCUUCAGUAGUUACAAAGCAAGUUGGUCACGGUGGCCUUUGGUUUGGUAGCUGCGAGG